CUCUUGGCCAUGGUUAUUAAAGACAGUUACACGUAACCUCAAAGUUGUCUAGUAUAUUUACUUCUUUUAUAUUAAGUUGUGCCUUAUUAACCCAUGGCGUGGUGGCAGCUGGAUUGUAUCCACCCAUCGAGUAUACAUAAGCCUUCCCAAGUUAAUUUAACCCUAUAAAUUGGGGCUAGGCACGCCGUGUUCUAUCGGUGGUAGACGAGAGGUUGGGUCCCUUCCCGAAUAUAAAUUUGUGUAGUCCCACAUAUACCAUGGCCAGGGCCGCGUUGACCGCCGCGGCAGCCGUUCACGAUGCGUCGAGCUGGCGUUCGGCUAGCAGGUCGUCGCAACCAGGGUUGCGCCAGUUUUCUGCUAGCAAGCAGAUAUUGAAUAAGCCUUGUUUUUGUGCCCGCACAAUUGAUAAUUCGCGGAUUAAUGUUGAAUUAAAGAGCGGAUCACAGCUAAAUUUAAUCACUGAAUCUGUAGCGGAUGAUAUUGGUGUUGAGAUUCUUGUUGACAAUUUUGGUUUUGAUGAUUAUUUUGUUGAUGGUGUGUCCAUUGUUAGUCUAGUUGAUCAGACCCUGGUGGUCGGUUUGACUCAGUUCACAUUAUUGUAUGAUGAUUGUGAGCUUUGGUUUGAUGGUGUGGUAGUCCAUGAUGACUACUUGCGUGGUUCUCGCAGUAUUGUUGCUGGGGCUCCAUUCAUGGAGCAGAACGAUAUUUCAGUUCGCCCCUCCAAGCAGUUGAUCAGGUUUGGAGACGGUACUGCUUUCUGCUAUGGUUUGUCAUCUCGAGCAGCUCCGCCAUGUUUUCGUGAUGUUGAUCUCGCUGGCAUACAUUCAAUUACAAAUCACAUUCUCAUUGAUCGGGAGCAUGAGAUGAAUGAGAGUGAAAUGGAUGAUAGUCAUGAGAUUGAUAAUCAUGUUACAUUAGGGACCAGAGUCACACCAGUAAACACUAACAUACACAAAGGAGAUGAUGGAUAUGAGACAAGUGAUAGCGAGUUGAAUGAAUCUCAAUGUAAUGAUGGUAAAUCUUGUAAUGAAGAUCGAAGAGAUGAGACUAGUAAUGGUGAGGUGCUUGAAAUUGACAAAGGUGAAAUGAAACCAUGCAAUGUAGAUGGAUACAAGAGUAGUGAUGGUGGAGGUCAUGACUCUAACAUAGUUGAUGUGAAACAAUGUAAUGCAGAUGAUGGAUACGUGACUAGUGAUGAUGAGGUGAAUGCAACAAACAGUGCUGACAUGAAAGAAUGGAAUGAGGAGGUUGAGUAUGCAGCUUGUGAUGGUUUGGUUUAUGAAAGUGACCAAGGUGAUGUAAAACAAUGUAAUGAGGAAAAUGGAUAUGAAGCCUAUGUUGGUGUGGUUAAUAAAGCUAAUGGAAAUGAUGUGCCUAUUGAUCACAUAACAGGUGCAAAUGAAACAAAGAAAAAUGACAUAGUGUUGAAUAUCAGUGAAGUAAUUACUGGUCAUGAUAUCAAGGUCAGUGAGCCUUCAUUGUUCCAAGAGUGUAGAGUUUCAGACACUCAUGAAAGCAGUUCAUGUUCCCAUCCAGUUUUACGUUUGAGUGAUUUAAAAACUUCUUCUUUUCAUUGCAUUGAUUGUUGGCAUGGCAAUGUUGCCUCUCCUACUCCGAGUGGAUUGAGUUGCUCUCCACUUUCUGCUGAUGAUUUUCAGUCUUUGUUACUUUGGGAUUGUUGCCAAUCCAACAUGAUCUACAGUGUCACAGAGUCCCUUGAUUUGGAUCUUAGUCGGAACUAUUGUUCUCACUCUUUGUCUGAUGUGACAUUUUUGCCUAACCUGACUUUGCCUAACAUGUCGCCUGAUAUGCUACUGGAUCGCUGCAUUGGUAGCAACCGUGUCGUUGACCGUGGAGGUACCGUGCUGCCUCUUGAUCAAAGGUUUGACACUCCCGGAAGUGUCAAUAGCAUGUCCGUUACCGUUACACCAUCGGCCGAUUCGGUAUUGCCCUUCGACGCGAGUAACUGCCCCAGAGCAAGCACCACAGUAACCGCUAUGCCUCCUUGCCCGGCUAAUGUCAGCAGCAGUAGCUCUACUGUGCAAGAUAUCCAUCCAGCCCGGGUACCAUGUGUCGUGGAUGGGAUGAUCUUGCAGAACUCUCAGUCGUUCACCCUGCACGCGUCUCCUCCAACUGAAUGUCCAUACUCGGCUAGCAUCUCAAUGACUAAUACCCAUGUUCAUUCCAUCUGGAUUGAUGUCGCGUGCCAUACUCGCCCUCCAGAUCAGCCUCGUGCUAACCUAGAGCUUGGCCCUGCUGAACUGUCCACUCUUGAAGGAUGUCAUGCUCGUCCGCCGGAUCAGCCCCAUGCUAGUCAAGGGCAUGGUCCUGCUGAUCUGUCUGUCCCUGGAGGUUGUCGUCGCACUUGUCCGCCAGACCAGCCCCAUGCUAACCCAGGGCAUGGUCCUGCUGGUCUGUCUCUCCCAGUGGAAGAGCUUCGCGGUUUAGGAUUCCAUCACCUAACUAUCAAUGGUACAGAGACAUUUGUUAAUUAAGCCCAGUUCCGCUCGGCUAGCUUUCCCAAGGAUAUUCAGGGUCGUACCUUUAUGUGUCGGAUAGUGACCAUUACAGAUGUGAACAAUAUGUUUUUAUUUUGAUUGGACUCCCAAUUCUACCAUGUGAUCAUGAGGAACAGACUAAGAGGAGUUUCAUUGCUUGAUUCGGAUUUGUCUUUUGAGUUAUUAACUGAUGCCUAAUUGAUUUUAUAUACCAAUUACCAUGAUGAUUUGUUUUAUGUUUAUUUGCAGGUAUAUUUUGCUUCGAUCAACAUGCUUUAAAGUGCUUUCUUUAUAUUAUUGAUAGUGAUUUUGAUUAUGAUUUUAUGCCGGAAUGUUUCAUUAUAUUUCUUUGCAAGUAUUUUCAUGUUACAGGAUUGCAUUUUGAUGUGUGAUUUUAGUUGAUCACAAUAAACCGCUUUAUAAUGUUAGUCAUUGAUUUGUGUGGCGUAUUUUGGGUAAAUGAUUUAUGGAUGUAUGUUUUUUUAAAUGUUUUUAUGAUGCCAUACUGGUGAUGAAUAAUGAUCUAUAUGCCCUUGUUUUCAAUCAUUGUCUGUUCAUGUGUCUUUUGCAUUAUGCCUAGUACUAAUGAGUGUGUCAAUUUUGUGUAGUUACACAGUCAUAAGUUUUGGGUACUUGGCUGUUUUUUGUAUUCGAUCCAUUUUCCUUUUUGCAAGUUUUUCUGCUUCUAUUGAGAUGGUAUGGAACUACUCAUGAUUCGGUACUUCUUGUGCCGUCCCUUUUAUGUUACACAGAUAAUUUAUAUUUAGGAUGAGGCUGUCAAACUGUGUAUUUAAUUUAUUUGUUAUGUAGAUACGUUGCACUGAGAGAUUGUCUUUAUUUCAUUAUUUGAACCAUUUGCCCAUAUGCAUCCUUUUUAUGCAGGUUUAUGGUUGUUCAAUUUGUGUCGAUAAUUGUUUUAGUGCACAGCUUUAAUUGAGCCUUGUGUUUUGGAGUAGAUUAGGGUCGAUUUUUUGCUCGUAAUGAUUUGAUGCCUAGAUAGGGAUACUGAUUUGUUGUUUACUCCUUUUCAAGCCCGUACAUGUGUUUUUCCCAUUUUUGAUGAUGGAGAGAGAUGGGAAGUGGUGAUGCCAGUUGAUGUUAUUUGAAUUGUGACCUUUGUUGUGUUAAUAUGUUAGUUUAAUAUUCAACUCAUUAUGAUACAUUAGUGUCUAGAUUUGUUAGAGUCUUACACUAGCGAUGGUCUACCCUUUUUAUUUAAUAGUGAGCUAAUUGCGAAUCAUCAUGUUUUUGUUAUACAGAUUAUAUUGUAAAAGAGGAGGAAAAGGAAAAGGCAGUCACGCCAGUAUGUUGUUUUCGUAUUAUAAUGAUAAUUCGAUGUUGCAAUUGCAAAGUGUAAGCGCGCCACCUUGUGUUGGUCUCUUGGCCAUGGUUAUAAAAGACAGUUACACGUAACCUCAAAGUUGUCUAGUAUAUUUACUUCUUUUAUAUUAAGUUGUGCCUUAUUAACCCAUGGCGCU